AUGCUGGACCGACGGCCACGGCUACGGUACUCAAAAGGAAGGAGGCAUCUGCAAGCGGAAUAUAAAUUUAUGAGAGCCUUCAACUCGAUAGCCACCUUCGGUGUUAAUCGUUUGACUUGCAACUUACGGGCCGAAAGGUUGCUACCGAGGUUAGCGAGGUGCAGAAGGCGAAAUUCGAGUGAUGGUGUGUGAAUACCCUCCGAGUUUGCCCGCCCGAUUCAGAAGGCAAUAGCGUUUGUUAGGAAUUGAAACCGGAAUUUGCGUUGGGGGGGCGGCUCUUCUGUGGGGUACGAGUAGGGUUGCGUGGUAAAUUGGGACUGAGAUGUUGAUGCCUGAAAGCGUAGCUCUUGGGUUGAUCGAGUCCAGCUUUGAAGGGCGGGUCUCGAGAUUCGGUUCCGAUCCCCGGAGGGGCAACCUACCGGCAUUGUGGGCUCCAGAGUGAGGAAAAUGUGGGCGAGGUGGCCGCCUUUGAGAAGCCUUUUUGUAUUAUAUCAUAGGUGUUUUCAGGCUCAUAGCGUAAGUAUGGUGCAGGCAAUUUAGCAUCUCGACAAUUGUUGGAAAGGGGAACCUGUACUGUGGAAGAAGGCCGUCGGGCGCUUGCUGUGAAAAAUUUGGAAGAGGGAUUGAGAGCUAUUAAUCCGAGCAAGGGUGCUAGUCAACCAACUUAUAUAGAAAAGAAAAUCUUGGGAGACAUUGCAAUAGCGAAUGGAUUUCUAUGACUCAAGAUUUGGUUGGAUCCUUCUGACGAAAAAUCGAGUGAUUGGCUUAGAUGGGGCGAUUGUGGGCAAUUGGAGACCAAUGCUGGGGGUUGGGUGUGGAGCAAAUAUGA